AUGCCAGUUCCACUGCGAGAUUCCACUGCCAAUGCUCUCCGAGUACUUUCUUCUCCCUCGGUGCACCGUCACCAUAACCGCGGCCAAGUUCCGCUGAGACGGCCGUCGCUGUUGCAGCAAUCGGCACAUUUGGAACCACAUGCGGAUGAAAAGACGUUUCAGCAAUCAUCUCAACAACAACAACAACAACAACAACAACAACAUUUAGUGUUGGUCGGAGGCGGUCAUGCCCAUGCUCAAGUCAUCAAGGCAUUGAAUUGGGCCAGUCGUCCUUCGGACUUGAAAGUCACUCUGAUUGACCAGCAAUCGGCUGCGUCGUACAGCGGCAUGGUCCCAGGAUGUAUAUACCAACGGUACACACCGGACGAAACACUCUUGCAUUUGCAACCGUUGGCAGAAUGGGCUGGUAUUGACUUUGUCCAUGCCAAGGUGGUGGACAUUGACUUGGAACAAAAACUUGUCCGCGUGGCGACAUCCCCCACCACCAGUGGAGACGCCAAUCGUCAUCAGACCAUCCCCUUUGAUUGCAUCAGCAUUGACAUUGGCAGUACUUCACGGGGACUCGAUGACACUCCUGGUGCACGAGAAUUCACCAUCCCCACUCGACCCAUUUCCAAGCUGGUCGAGCGCAUUGACCGGUCCAUCGAGGAAGUGAUCAGAGAUGAUGAAGCACAACAACCAGAAGCAGAAGCAGAUCCUCGAGUGGUUGUCAUUGGGGGCGGUGCCGCUGGUGUGGAGCUGUCCAUGGCCUUGAAUGGCCGCUUUCGGUCUCAAUUACCCAACAAGAAUACGCAAGUGACAUUGCUGGAUGCGGGGACGGAGCUCCUGCCAGGGGAAUCCCAACGCGGCCGUGAAAAACUACAACAAAUCAUGCGAGAACAAGGAAUUCAAGUUAUUCAUCAAUCACAAGUACAGGAGUUAUCCGAGAAUCGCAUCUUUGCAUCUAUAGAUGGCAAACCAACCAUCAUUCCCUACAGUCACUGUGUUUGGGCCACAGGGGCAGGAGCCCAUCCCUUGGCAUACCGACUCCAGCAAAAGGGACUGGAUGCCACCAAGCAUGGAUGGAUUCGGGUGAAUCAACAUCUGCAAAGCACAUCGCACCCCUUUGUCUUUGCCGCGGGGGACUGUUGUAGUAUUGACAAUCUACCCACACCCAAAGCCGGAGUCUUUGCUGUCCGAGCGGGACCUGUGCUGAUUGAAAACUUGACAGCCUAUCUGCAACAGCUUCGCCGCCGUCGUGCAAACAGUGGCGUCAUGUCUCCUACGGAUGCAGAGAUUGAGAAAGUCACGUUGAAGAAGUAUGUGCCUCAAUCAGACUUCUUGAAGCUUCUUGUGUGCGGCGACGGUAGGGCUCUGGGACUGCGGUUUGGACAGGCUUUUCAUGGCAAGUGGGUCAUGGAACUCAAGGACAAGAUUGACACCAACUUUAUGGACCUGUUUCGACGAGAGCACUUAACCGAGUUGAAAGCAGGAGAAGAAUACGACACUUCGCAGUACGACUCCAAAAUGGCGGCCAAGACAACAUUGGAUCCAAAAGAAGGAGCGGAACUCUUGUCACGUACCGACGAUGAUGUCGACUACCAGGAGGCAUGGUCUGUAAUUCGAACCAUGGCGGACAGUGAAGACUAUCGAGAGCAAGUCUUAUCUUUCAUGGGGGGCACACAAACACAAGAGGAAAGCGAACCAACUUCAGCUGUAGCUGCAUAACAUAUUAGAAUAAAGAGUAGAAUUAAUAGAAACUUUGCUAGCCAGUAUUACAACAAUCCCAUGGCACAUGUAGCGGUUGCCAUCAUC